UUUUGCUUUUGUCGGAAUAUUUUGAUUUUGUAUAUUUAAAACUUUUUCUUGCUGCAAACAGAAAAAUCGUGGCUGCCUUUCUCUCACUAAAACAAAAUAAUUGUUUGUUUGUUUUUUUUUUGGGGCGUAACCAUCCAUCUUCAGCUUCAACCGCCAGAGCCGCCGUAAAGAAGGCUCCUCAUCGACCGUGACGUGACAUAUUUUUGUGGUGGUCUAUAAAAGCGUUUCCUUUCUUGCCUUUUCAUACGGACUAGGAAAUGGUUAAAAGGCAUGGAGAGUUUUGAUUUACUAGAGAGAUAUCAUCAUGUCGCAGUGCGUAGACGGUUUUAAGCAUGUAUGCAACUCUUUGUUGCGCUGUUUUGAUAUUGAUAUAGGCAAAUCUUCUGGAGGCCCUGGAGACCCUGAACUACUUGCCAGAGACACUGUUUUUAGCGUGAGUGAAAUAGAAGCUCUCUAUGAGCUGUUUAAAAAGAUCAGCAGUGCUGUGAUUGAUGAUGGGCUAAUAAACAAGGAAGAGUUUCAACUGGCCUUAUUUAAGACAAAUAAAAAAGAGAGCUUGUUUGCAGACCGGGUGUUCGAUCUGUUCGACACAAAGCAUAAUGGAAUCUUGGGGUUUGAGGAGUUUGCUCGUGCUCUCUCCGUUUUUCAUCCAAAUGCUCCUAUAGAUGACAAGAUUGACUUUUCGUUUCAGCUGUAUGAUCUUAAGCAGCAAGGUUUCAUCGAAAGGCAGGAGGUGAAGCAAAUGGUGGUGGCUACUCUUGCUGAGUCAGGCAUGAACCUGUCAGACGAAGUCAUAGAGAGUAUAAUCGACAAGACAUUUGAGGAAGCUGAUACCAAACAUGACGGGAGGAUCGAUAAGGAAGAGUGGAGGAUCCUUGUACUUAGGCAUCCUUCGCUUCUGAAGAACAUGACUCUUCAGUAUCUCAAGGAUAUCACAACUACGUUUCCGAGCUUUGUGUUUCAUUCGCAAGUGGAAGAUACCUGAGAAAAGCAUUACUAGAGCAGGCAAUUUGGCAAGUGUGUUUGUGUUUCUGAGUGCAUCAUGUUUAUUUGUUUCAGUCUGAACUCCAGUUUCCAAGAGUUUGUUUGUUUCUUCUCUGAGAAAACAUAAAGAGAAAACUUCGUAUUUUUUUUGUUCUGUUCCUGGUUUUGUUUAUAUUUUCUCAUGCGCAACUGUAGAUAUACAUUACUACAAAUUUAUUUCCCAUGGCAAGGGUUAUAUGA